CUGUUUUGAAAAACGCUUCCUGUUUCUUUAAAGGCGCUCGCGGCUCGGGGCGGCCGGGGCCGGGGAGGCGGCGGCGGGGGCUGCCCGGGCUCCGGGGCGGCGGCGCUGACUGAUCUGGCGAAGCGGGCUUCUGUGUAAACUGAGGCUAAACAAACACAGAUGGAGCGCAGCGGGCGUGCUCCAGAAAUGCUGGCCGCGCCGCCGCGACUUCAGAUGACACUCUGAGCGCGCCGGGAACGCACAGCCCGCCGGCUCCGCGGAGCCCGCGCGGCGCAGCUGGCCCCGGGCGAGGGGGAGGAAGGGGAGAGCGGGAGGCGCUGCGGUCCGGCCCCGCGCCAUGAAGCACCUCCCGGUCCUCGAGGACGGGCCGUGGAAGACCGUGUGCGUGAAGGAGCUCCACGGCCUCAGGAAGCUCAAGCGCAGAAGCAAGGAGCCGGCGCGGCGCGCCAACGGCUCGCAAACUUUCCGCCUGGACUUGGAAGCGCCCGAGCCCGGCGGCGCCACUGCCGCCGCCACCCCCGGGCUGCGGGAACGGACCCCGCGGCUGCAGCCCGGCCCGGCCCCGGUGCCAGCGCGCGGGGCGCCGGCCGUUGCCCCAGCGGGGGGCGCGGACCCAGCCGGGGCGCGCGGGGCCACUCGGGCGCCUGACGUCUUGGACACGCGGCCACGGGGCUUCGCCCUGGGCGCAGCGGCUCCGAGACUCCCCACGCCGCCGCCGCCGGUGGCGCCCCAGGACCAGGCCCCCGGGGCGUCCGAGUCGCAGCCUUUCCGGGAGCCCGGCCGGCGGCCCCGCGUCUUGCUGUGCGCGCCCCCCGCGCCCGCCGCGCGCCCCGGGGAAAGUGCCUACUCGUCCAUUUCACACGUCAUUUACAGUCACCCCCCGGAUUCCGCCGCGUCGCCUAGGAAACGGCCCGGCGAAGCCCCCGCCGGCUCCCCCGAGAUCAAAGCCCUGCAGCAGACCCGGAGGCUCCUGGCCAACGCCCGCGAGCGGACGCGCGUGCACACCAUCAGCGCCGCCUUCGAGGCGCUCAGAAAGCAGGUGCCCUGCUACUCGUACGGGCAGAAGCUGUCCAAGCUGGCCAUCCUGAGGAUCGCCUGUAACUACAUCCUGUCCCUGGCGCGGCUGGCGGACCUCGACUACAGCGCCGACCGCAGCAACCUCAGCUUCUCCGAGUGCGUGCAGCGCUGCACCCGCACCCUGCAGGCCGAGGGGCGUGCCAAGAAGCGCAAGGAGUGACUGGCCAUGGAUGACGCCAUGCACGCCGCUUCCCCCUUCAGCCUGAGAAGUGAGCUCGCCCAGCCCGGCCCUGCCUCCUUCUCCAGAGUGCCCCCGGACGCUCGGACCACCGCCUCCCAGGGUCGGACACCAGCUCGCCCGCUUCUCCUCCACCCUCCUGCCCUCACCCAGCCUCUCGGCGGCCACUUUACACUUUUCUCUCUGCCUGCUGGUGAGGGGAGGGCAAGCCUUUGCCCGGCUCAGGCCUGGCGUCCACAGUCCGGCUGCAGGAAUCCAUUGCCAAAGAUUCAGCAGAUACUGCAGAAUGUGGUGAUAAAUCCCAGUGCCGAAAACUGCACCAUCACUUCUUCGGAGGCCCAAGUCCCAACUCCAGCCAAAGACUCAUCAUGGUUCCAUUAGGGACACGUGGAAGGGACGGACGCUUGGUGACGCUUGGAGGCUCCUGAGCCCCUGACUUGGAACUCUCCCUUUCUCUGGGCCCCUGAGCCUUCAGGGGGCUGGGGAUGGGAGGCUGGGGGGUCCGGGGCGGAAAGGGGGUGGGGGCCUGAAAUCCCUGCCCCCUUCUCUCCCAUCCACAGGCUGUCCAGGCCUUCCAGCCACACUUCUCCUUCUCGGGCCCUGAGCACCAUGGGAAGGGGGUGUUGGAGGGGGAGAGGAGGUUUUGCCCACCACAUCCCCCACGCCAGGGACUUGCUCCCCAGGAAACCUGCCCGAGGACCUCUGCUUCCCCCGCCGGCCCGGCCCCCCACUCCUCGCCAGCGGCCUCCUGGCUGGCAAACAAGAUGACGCCCUGCUCGGGGCCGGGGGACGGCGGGAAGGAAGGGGCCAAGAUGUGUGUGUGUGUGUGUGGAGGGGCCGCUCCUUCCGAGUGCUUGGAAGGCCAGAGCUUCUCACAUCUGUGCUCCACCAUCUGCUUCAAAUUGAAGUAAAAGCCCCAACGUGUAAAGAAAAUA